AUUUUUCUUAAAAAAGUAUUUUUUUUGAAAAAUUAUUACUAAUGAUCAAAAUUAAAUUAAGAUAAUAAAAUUAAAAAAAAAAAAAGAUAAGAAAGAAACUAAAGAGAGAUACAAGUGAGGAGAAAGGGAGAAGAAGAAGAAGAACAAAAGGCCUAACGCAUACUUUUCCCCAUUUCAUAAUAUUUCAUUCUAGAACAAAAGGAUAGCUUAAUUACCGUGUAUUCCUCUCGCUCUUCUUUUGUUUCUUUGCAGGUAAAUUUCACUUUCUCUUCUUCUUCUUCCUAUCUCUCCCAAUUAUUCUGUUUUGUUUGAAAUCUCGUUCGUUUUGGAAAUUCAAUUUAUAUUUUUUAGAUUCAAUUCUGGAACCUCUUUUUUUUUUUUUUCCCUGUGUCAGAAACGAAUUGCCAUUUUUUUGUGUCGAGUUGAAGGUCGGUUUAUCGCCUGUAAUUUUGGAAUGUAAAGUAGCAGAGUUUACUCUCAUUUCUCUCUGUUUCUUUAGGGCUAAGUGCAUUUGUUUUGAAUCGCCUUUGGACUUUUCGUCUGCACCCUGCACUUGUAUUGGAAUUCUGUUUUUUUUUUUUUCCUUUAUUUUUGUUUUGCGCUGCUUGAUUGCAAAGAUAUAGAUAGUGGAGUUCUGAGUGAAUUUUGAAUUCGCUUGCUAUAUGAUUCUGUGUAGCCAUGUUUUAAAUUUAUGUCCCAAGCAUGUCGAAUUUUUUUUCUUUGAUCUUUGAUUGGUUUUACCGAGUUUUUUCUUUUUUUUUUCUUUGGUCGUGGUAGUGUUCUGUCAAUCCGGUAAAAACUGUGUGCUGAUGAUUUUAACUGCUGUUUCGAGAUAUUUUCCCGCUGGAUUUUGGUUGAGCUGUACUGAUUUAUUGUUUAUUUCUUUAGUUUCAGAGCUUACCACGAGAUCACGAUGCCAGAGUAGAAAUUUGAUAAUUUUUGUUGCUUUUUUCGACACUGAGAAGUUUGAAAUUUCCUUUAUGCAAGUUCUAAAGCAUAGGAUUAGUGGACAACAGCUGUUCUCUUAGAUUACUUUAACUUCGUGGUUUUCAUUGGUGGAACUAAUUGUGUUUUUAUCAGUUUUUGCUGCUCGAAUUGAACCGUCACGGUGUGAAAAUGCUUUAGCGUGUCAUUUUGUGGGAUGUUGCAAUGCUCUUUAGACAUUUAGCAAAAUUGUUUUGGCUCUUGAAAUGUUAUAGUCUGUUUGGAGUAAUUGAUGAUCCACAUUGAAAGGGGAAUACUUGUACUGUACCCGGUAAAUGUGGUGUAUCUUUUUGGUAUUCCCUAUCUUUUUAGUUGUCCAUUGUUAAACCUCGUGAUGUUUAGUAUUUUACAAAAUGAAAAGAGACGAAACUUUUUCUUCACUAUUUGGGAGAAAUUUUUGGUAAUCUCUGCUGAAUGACAUGGAAUCUCAUUCUCUAAUAAAUCUCACUAGUAAAUGAUUUAUGGCAGGCCUUGUACAAGUUGAAUUUUUGAUGUUUAAUGGGCAUUAGGAUAAAAUUGGAAUAAGAUUCAGAUGCCUUAAAGCCAUAUGGCCGGUCCAUUGUCGUGUCUUUGAGUGUUGCUUUUUCUUUUCCUUUUUUCCUCCUAAAAGAUAAGAGAGUUCUCGCUUAGAUCAACGCUUUUUUACUACUCGAGAUAAGCGUGGCUAGAACGGUGCCGAAACCAACUAUGAGCUGGAUGCCAUUUCAUGUUUUGGUAUUUUGUGAACUUGCAGUCGGUGCAUUAAUGGAAAAGACUCUAUAAGACGUGAAUAAAUAGAGUUCCUGGUUAUUCUUUCUACCAACUAUGCCUCCUAGCCGCUUCCUUCCAUUUUAGCUUUCUACAUUUCUCUCUUUUGAAUAUCAUUGGAAUUCUCAACAGAUCAGAAGCUUGCUUGGUUGUGUCUUGAAUAUACAGUUUUGAGUAAUCUGAAAAGCAAAUUGUGAGACUGCCUUUCUUAAGCUUCUUCAAUUUCCUUUUUCCAUUGGUGCAUCGAAUUUGCUGUUUUGUUUUUCUGUCAAUUCCUGCGUUGAGGAGGGUGAGUGGGAUCGUAACUGUUUACUGUGAAUUGUAUACAUACUACAGGUAUUUAUGAGAAAGUACCAUUAGAAACAUUAUGUUGGUGGCUCAUUUUUUCUUUGAUUUCACAAUUCCAUGUAACUUCGUUUUAGGGGAGAAGGAUUUUAUCAAAAUGGGAUACACGAAUUGCAAAUCAUGAAUCCUGUUCUUCCGUGAUGUAACUUUAAAUCUGCGAAUUUGCUUAAGUGAUCUAGAAUUAUGUGUAGAGCUAUUUGUUUAGUGUGAAUUGAUUCUGGUUUAACUUUGUUGUUUAUAAUGACAACUAAUUGGAUUGUUGUAUUCUUGUUAUCUAUUACCACGCUGAGAAGAUACGCUAGAAUAAUAAAUUGAGUUGGGUAUGCUGGAUAUUGAGUGACUUUUUUCUCUUUCCUUGCUUGCUUCUGACAUUACUUUGUAUUGCUUGGGUCAAACCUGAAAUAGAGUGUUGCUUCUCUUUUUGGAUCAGUGUGAUCCAUCAGUAACUGUCUUAAGAUGCUUACUUUGAAACUUUUUGGAAGAUGGACAAAUUUAGCUGUCCUAUAUAUAUGUUUGCCACAAUUCUGUCAUGUAACAUGUGGAUCUGAUUUGAACUGAAAUUUAUAAUCCUGAGGUUAAUGACUUCCUCGAAUACACAUCUGAGUGUUCGUAUGAUUUUUGUUUUCCAGAGUGACAAAUCAUCAUUAUCCAGAGGAAAGCUGAAUUGCAUGCUACUGUUUCAGUAAUGUCUGGACUUAUUGAAGGUCUUCCUGAUGCUGUUGCAAUGAGGUGUCUAGCACGUGUUCCCUUCCACCUCCAUCCCAAGCUGCAACUUGUUUCCCGCUCCUGGCGAGAUGCUUUCCGGAGUACCGAACUAUUCAAAGCUCGAGAGGAAGUGAACUCAUGCGAGGAGUUUUUAUGCGUCUGUGCGUUCGAGCCAGACAAUUUAUGGCAACUUUAUGACCCGUUGCAUGACCUUUGGAUCACUCUUCCAACACUCCCAUCAACAAUAAGACAUCUUGCUCAUUUUGGUGUUGUCUCCACUGCGAGGAAGUUGUUUGUUCUAGGUGGUGGGAGUGAUGCUGUGGAUCCUCAGACUGGUGAUCAAGAUGGAAGUUUCGCUACUAAUGAAGUCUGGUCAUACAAUCCUGUCUCCAGGGCGUGGAAGCAAUGUGCACCCAUGCUUGUUCCUCGUGCAAUGUUCGCGUGCUGUGUGUUUGAUGGGAAAAUUGUUGUUGCAGGGGGUUUCACAAGUUGCAGGAAAUCAAUAUCCAAAGCAGAAAUAUAUGAUCCAGAGAAGGAUGUUUGGGUGUCAAUUCCUGAUCUGCACUAUACUCAUAAUUCUGCAUGCUCAGGGGUAGUGAUUGGAGGUAAGGUUCAUGUCAUGCACAAGGGUUUGUCAGCUGUGCAGGUACUAGAAAGCUUAAAGCAAGGUUGGACAGUUCGUGAUUAUCGAUGGGUUCAAGGUCCCAUGACAGUUGUGAAGGGAAAGAUUUAUGUAUUGAGUCAUGGCCAUGGACUCAUCUACAAGCUGGAAGGUGAAUCAAUGAAGAUAGUAGUCUCAGCAUCAGAAUUCCGCCAGAGAAUUGGGCUUGCCAUGAUUGGUGUGGCCGGGGAUAUUUAUGUGAUCGGAGGGGUAAUUAUCGGCCCGGAGAGGUGGAAUUGGGACAUAAAGAAGAUGUCUGAUGUCGAUGUCUUGACACUAGGAGGCGAAAGGCCAGUUUGGCGGCAGGUGUCUCCUAUGACGAUGUGCAGGGGAACCAUCCUUGGCUGUACACAGCUGAGAAUCUAGUUUGUUCCCGGAAGUAUGAGUGAUGGUUGUUUAAUUAGAUCAGAUUUUGCUGUGAAGCAAAGUUUGGGGUUUCACUAGUCCUGUUGUUGAAUGUAAUGUUUACUUGCUUUCUGUUGAAUCUGUUGAUAUGGUGCUGCCUGGUCGAUUUUUUUUUAUCGAGGUUCUACCGCUGCAACAGAUCACAUUUGAGUCAUUGUUAUAGUUUAUAAUGCAAUUUCUUAGGAGAAUUAUGCUGCUGUUAGUGUUAGAUAAUUUGGCUCCCUGUAAAAGCUGGCCUUUCUUCUGUAUCUCAAUUGAUGCACAUCAGUAAUGAGCUCGAAAAAGAAUCAGACGAGAGAUUAAAAAACUGCAAGCAAACAAUUUGUAAUAAAGAUUAACUAUGUCAAGAA